GUUAAAACUGAUACGAGCUUUCAUCGGGGGGGAGGGGGGCUUUCAUCGUUCCGUCACGAUCAGAAAUGAAUUAAAUAGAGUGAUUUUGGACGGAAGAUAAUUUAUUAGUAAUUUAAGAAAGAGAGAUCUACUGGAUCAGCUAUCUGGAUCAGCAUUAAAAAUAGUGAAAACGUACUUAAUGAUAAAUGCGAAGAUGAUACAGAUGAUUUUACGAGAAGUAGAAGAGAGCUUCCACAGCUGUUGAUUGAUGAAAAGAGCGAAAAGCAUGAAAUCGGAAAUAUUCCGAGAAAACCGUUUCCGCAAUGUGCAUGCAAGAAUACGCAUCUCGGUAGCAUAUCAGAAGGCGAGAUAAGUUUAAAGAGCGAUCCCCCCCCAAAAGUCAAGUGCACGUUUUGAAGAAGAUGUACUUUUCCAAGAAUUGUUGCAUCGAGAGAAGGAUCGAUGAAGCAACGCAACGAAAUUCCGUAGUGAAAUUCCCGAAGAAAAGAAGUAAUUUGAGGCAUAUUCGAAAUUGCAUAAUAAGAUUAUAAUAUCUUCACAUUUUUAAUAUUUUCUUUGACCUUAUGGUAAUAUCUUCAAUUCGAUUCUAUUUAAAUGUCGUAUAAACAAUGAUAUUUUAUGAAGAUUCGUGAUGACAGUUCCAGAUUUGAAAGCCAUUUACGAAAGUCAUCGAAGUUGACUAAUGCGUUAAUCACAAAUGCGUUAAAAUAAAAAUUAAGAGAAAUUAGGGAAUAUUGAGAAACGAAGAAAUAUCAGCAUCAAUAAUUUUAACAUUAAUUUUUCUCCCUUUAUAAUCCGAAAAGUUUCCCUGGAAGAUUGAUGAAGAAGUAGUUCUUGACGACGAAUUAAAUGAGAAGAAUGUCGCUCGGAUUCAAGGACGGGGAGAUGAUAAACGAUUACCGAAGGGAAUCGCCGUCGGUGGCAGGAAACGACGACACCACUCGGAACCGAUAAACUUACAAGCCGAUUAGAUAAAAAGAUGGCCGCUUGCCAUUCGACACCUGCUGUGCAACGCCUGCAGUUGCAAAACUCGGCUCAUACGGGUUACGGUGCGAUCAACGGCAUAGGUGCCUCGAAUCAAAAGACUCUUCAGCAAUCGUCCUAUCCGCCGCAUUUGCUCAACUGGGUCUACCUGGCCAUCGCCGAGCAAAAUCCGUCGCAACCACCUGAUCAGAGCAAACUGCUUCCUACGAUCUGGAGCAAUUUUCCCGGUGCGACAUCGCAGGCUUAUUUACAUCAAAACGCGUUGAAUCCGUCCGGAUCCGUCAGACCCAUGAGAGAUAGCGGAACGGAAAGUAUCGCGGAUUUAGCGGUACAUUUUAACGAAUUGGUCUUGAACGACCGAAAACCGAUAAAAAAGCCGCCGUCAACAUACCUGUGUCACUUGUGCUUCAAGAAAGGACAUUAUAUUAAGGAUUGCCCACAGGCACGACCGAAGGGCGAGGGCCUGACGCCGUACCAAGGCAAGAAGCGGUGCUUCGGCGAAUACAAAUGUCCCAAGUGCAAGCGCAAGUGGAUGUCGGGCAACAGCUGGGCCAAUAUGGGCCAGGAGUGCAUCAAGUGUCACAUAAACGUGUACCCUCACAAGCAGAGGCCGUUGGAAAAACCCGAUGGUCUGGACGUGUCCGAUCAGAGCAAGGUACAUCCUCAGCAUCUCUGCGAGAAGUGUAAGACGUUGGGCUAUUAUUGCAGACGCAGCGCGACGCAGUAGCUUAGCGAUAGCCGAAUUCCGUCCAAUUUAUCUCGCCGAUCCAAUUAAUCGCGUCAACGAGAGGGAAAGGGUUUAGCGGUGAGCUGGAGGGAAGACGAUUCGUUCGAGAGACGUCCGAAAUGCGUCGACGCGAAUGUGGAUUGGAUCGGGCGUACAACGCUCGAGAUGAAAUAUGAAUGAAAUCAUAGCGAGAGAGAAAGAGAGCAAGAGAGAGACAAAUGAAAUGAUAUAUUUUUAUGUACAUUAUUUACGAUUAGAGUUUUUUAUCGCAUGAUUUUUGCUAACGAUCGAGGACGCGGCGCUUUAUUAUUUAUGUAUAUUGCUGAACAAUAUUAUUACUUACACGAACAUUAGAUAGGUGUCACGUGCCAGUAAUGGGACUCUAAAAUUUUCGAUAAAUACUAUCGUAUCCCCGCGCAUAUGAAGGAACGCGUGUUGUAUACGAGUAAAAAAAAACGAGGGCAUCGUUCUCAGGGAUAUAAUAAAAUGUUCUUACCCUAAGAGCUAAUAAUAAUCGCGGGUACAUCUUCGAGAAAGGGAAUUAUCUCCGUAAAAGAAAUAAGGA